AACUCAGCCCUUCCGAUUUGCUCCGCUCGUGAUGCAUGCAAAGGCUCCGGUGGAGCUGCUGCUCCAGUAAGGGAGGAUUUUGUCGCGCCGGAGUGCGUGUAAUUGGAGAUCGGAGCGCCUCGCGGCUUUCCCUUCAGCCUGAGGUGCUCUCUUCUCGGGACUCGGGAGAAGAGGCUCCCGGUACCUUAAAGGACAUUGCUCCAAGGAUCCCCCCCCCUUCACACACACGGAAGCUGGGAAUCUACUUACCAAAGCCAGGGAAGGGGGAAAGGAGCUGGGAUUUUAAGAAAAGUUUUGCUUUCCCCCCAAAGGAAUCCCUCCUAGACCCUUUCUUACCACUUCAUGACUGAAUCUGGCUUGAGGAUAGUUCAAGCGGGAGCGCCUGACACCUGCCCUGUACUUCACAGGGAAGCUGGAAAACGCUUUCUCAAAGCGGCGGGCAGAGGGUCGCUGAUUCCCGCCCCCCCCUUCCGCGGAAGCGGCUUUACUGGUGCCCCACUCACGGACUGUCGAAGGAGCUACGAGCCUUAGGAUCAGAAAGGCUCUGGAGGUCGCCUGCUUUUGUUUCUGAGGAUCUGCCCGCUUGCCAGGAGAGAUCGGGUGUGACUAAGACGCAUGCCGAUAUUUUACUGUCUUGGUUUGGGGGAAGAUCAAGUUCUGACUUGGACGGCAAACUCAAACAACGAUGCUCUUUGAAUUAAAACAGUCUGGUUUUCUGUGACAGAGAAAGCGGGGGAAAAAAGAUACUAUUUCAAAAAUUAUAUUGUUUCCCGUCUCAAAUUCACGUGGCACACGUGGUAAUAAUAUAGCAGUAUCACGUGUAGCCUAGCCUGAUCCUGGGCAUGUUUACUCAGGAGUAAGGCUCAUUGUGCUCUAAAUAAGGCUUCUUCCAAGGCGAAUACGCAUGAAAUUGCCGCCCUCCAACCUGAUUCUAGACAUAUUUACUCAGAAGUUUCAUAGCUUGGAUAUUAAGUUUCGCAUCUGACGAUAAUGACAUUUCUAAGUCUCCGUGCGUUGAUUGGACUGUUUAUUUGCUCUUGCACUGUAAACGGAUCUUCACAGCCUCAGGCCAGGGUGUUCUUAACAUUCAAUGAACUGCAAGAAACGAAGACCGCUCAGUUUUAUGCUCUUUCCCAUCACCCCUUAGACUACAGGAUAUUAGUGAUGGAUGAAGAUCAGGACCGGAUCUAUGUCGGCAGCAAAGAUCACAUUCUCUCUUUGAAUAUCAAUAAUAUAAGCCAGAACCCUCUGAGUAUUUUCUGGCCAGCAUCAACAACCAAAGUUGAUGAGUGCAAAAUGGCUGGCAAAGAUCCUACACACGGUUGUGGCAAUUUUGUUCGUGUGAUACAGACUUUCAACCGCACCCAUUUAUACGUCUGUGGAAGUGGGGCAUUCAGCCCUGUAUGUGCAUACCUCAACAGAGGACGAAGGGCUGAGGAGCAAGUUUUCAAGAUCGAUUCCAAAUGUGAAUCUGGGAAGGGACGUUGCUCUUUCAACCCUAAUGUGAAUACCGUCUCUGUUAUGAUCAAUGAAGAACUGUUUUCAGGAAUGUACAUUGACUUCAUGGGGACUGAUGCUGCCAUUUUCCGCAGUUUAACCAGAAGGAAUGCAGUGAGGACUGACCAGCACAAUUCCAAAUGGUUAAGUGAGCCCAUAUUUGUGGACGCCCAUCUCAUCCCGGAUGGUACUGACCCCAAUGAUGCUAAAGUAUACUUCUUUUUCAAAGAGAAACUGACAGACAACAGUGGUAGCACCAAGCAGAUCCAUUCUAUGAUUGCUAGAAUAUGCCCGAAUGACACUGGUGGACAGCGUAGCCUUGUAAACAAAUGGACAACUUAUUUGAAAGCAAGACUUGUGUGUUCAGUAAUGGAUGAUGAUGGCACAGAAACCUACUUUGAUGAAUUAGAGGAUGUGUUUCUGCUAGAAACAGAUAACCCUAGAACAACACUGAUAUAUGGCAUCUUCACAACAUCCAGCUCUGUAUUUAAAGGCUCAGCAGUCUGUGUGUAUCAUUUGUCUGAUAUCCAAAGAGUGUUCAAUGGGCCGUUUGCACACAAGGAAGGUCCAAACCACCAGCUGAUUCCCUAUCAGGGAAGGAUUCCAUACCCACGACCUGGAACUUGUCCUGGAGGAGCCUUCACACCCAACAUACGGACGACCAAGGAGUUUCCAGAUGAUGUGGUCACCUUCAUCAGGAAUCAUCCCUUGAUGUUUAAUCCCAUCUACCCAGUCCACAAGAGGCCUUUAAUCAUUCGCACAGGCACGGACUACAAAUAUACAAAGAUAGCUGUAGAUCGGGUCAGUGCCGCAGAUGGGAAAUACCAUGUCUUGUUUCUUGGAACAGACCAGGGCACAGUGCAGAAGGUCGUGGUCCUGCCCACUAACUCCUCUGCAAGUGGCGAACUCAUCUUAGAAGAACUGGAGGUUUUUAAGAACAAUGUUCCUAUAACAACAAUGGCCAUCUCAUCUAAAAAGCAACAGUUGUAUGUAAGCUCCGAUGAAGGGGUCACCCAGGUUUCCUUGCACCGCUGUCAUAUCUAUGGGACGGCCUGUGCUGACUGCUGCCUCGCCAGAGACCCUUACUGUGCUUGGGACGGCAAUUCCUGCUCCAGGUUCUACCCGACAGGGAAAAGGAGAAGUCGUAGACAAGAUGUGAGGCAUGGAAACCCUAUGACUCAAUGCCGAGGAUUUAACCUAAAAGCUUACCGAAAUGCAGCAGAGGUCAUUCAGUAUGGAGUCAAGAAUAACACAACUUUCCUUGAGUGUACGCCUAAAUCUCCACAGGCCUCCAUUAAAUGGCUCUUGCAGAAAGACAAUGACAGAAGGAAAGAGGUGAAACUUAAUGAAAGAAUCAUAGUGACUGACCAAGGGCUCUUGAUUCGCUCUGUCCAGGAUUCUGACCAAGGGCUUUACCACUGCAUUGCGACAGAAAACAGCUUCAAGCAAACAAUAGCGAAGGUGAACUUCAAGGUGUUAGAUUCGGACACAGUGGCUUUCAUGACUGAAAAGUGGUCCCCGUGGACCUGGGCCAGCUCCCUCCAAGCUUUGCCGUUUCAUCCAAAGGACUUGGCUGGAGCUUUCAGCCACGCUGAACUGCAGAUGAUUAAUCAGUAUUGCAAAGACACGAGGCAACUUGGGCAGCAGGCUGAAGAUUCCCAGAAGAUAAGAGGUGAUUAUGGCAAGUUAAAGGCCCUCAUCAACAGCAGGAAAAGCAGGAAUAGAAGAAAUCAGUUGCCUGAAUCCUAAGGCUGUUGUCAUGGAGCAUCAAACUUUUUUUUCAUACCUUCCCUCAAGGGAUUUUGGUUUGGGGAUUUUUUUUUCCUGCUGAAAGCAUAGGGAGAAAAAAGCAUUAGCAAAGCAAGACUGAGAAAAGAUAAAAGAUCAUCAAAUGCAACCUAUAUAAGCUAAAGUGGAAAAGAGGGGGGGGGACACAAAUCCAAAGUAAUUUUAUUUGUGAAGUGCCCACUGACACCAGAUAGAUCCUUAACUGUAAACCCACUUGUUUGCCUUAACCCAGUAUCUCGGGUGACAUUUAGAUGUCAGUUUUCUUUUUGACACAGCGACUCUCCAACUUGGAAUUGGGCAAGAUGGAAAGCAAAGAAAGAGUUUGUGUUAAGAGGGAUGUGUUGAGAGUUGUGGUGGUAUUUACAGACAUUUCUUCCCAACCUUUUUGGUAUAUUUGUCUCCGUUUAUGGCACAUUACAUUUAAAAGCUCUGGAGCAAGCAUUUAAAGGCCAUUUCCCAUCUUAGUAUUAAGACACAGUUCAGCAGUUCUCAAAUGGGAACAGUACCGAUUAUAUCUAGCUAGCUCUUAACAGGUCUAGUUACAUAUUAUCAUCACUCCCAAUCCUUUUUGACAUGGUGUCUCUAUUUAUGACUCUGUUGCUUUUGCACAUAUUUUCUUCCUCUUGAGAGCCUUAGAGCCGCUUACAUCUGGAUUCCCAGCACGCUAACCUUCCUUUUUGUGUGUUUGAAUGGGGAAAUUCUGAAGUUGAAAACUUCUAUAGGAAAGCUUUAUUUAUUAUUUCCAUAUUUCACAUUUACUCCAUAGAGUUUGCAGCCUCCAUCAAGUAACAUACCGCCACCCCUCUACCACCAUUUUAGAGCCUUUCACUCUACUUUCAGGUAAUUAUGAGAGGUUGUGGUGUCUCUCAUUCCUAACCCUCCCACUUGAUCAUAAAGAAAUGGCUCAACCCACCAAUGUACCUCACCAGCCUUCUGAUCUAGUCUCUGUCACAGCACCUCGGAGACUGCUAGUGCACUCUGGUCUUAGACAUGACUGUGGAUGGGGGACAAUUGAAUUCAGUCUGUAUUUAAAGCUGACUCUAUCAAAUCGACACUUUCUGAAGCAAUAUGAGACCCAAAACACAACAAUCCUUUGACAUGCACACUUAUCUAAUUUUGCAAAGCAAUUUGCCAACCAAACAAUGUUUGCAAACAUGCAUGUAUAUUGAGGGAAAGUGUUAAUAAAAUGAAUACAUUAGUGAAGAUGGCAUACAAAUGAAUUAUAUUAGGAGAAAUUGCUUGCAAAAAUGUGUACACUAAUCAAAACUGCACUUACUAGGAGAAAGUCACACUAAAAUGCUGAAGAAUUUUCAUGAGGAUUUUUUUUAAAAGAAGGCAAAUUGCUGCAGAAAUGUGGAGAACUGAAUUUAAGAUUGGGAAAAAUGAGAAACCAAGGGGACCAAAACGGACAGGUCCUUGCAUCCCUAGACAUGAUGACACAGACAUAGUGGCUAAGCACAGAGCUGAGCUACGCAUUAAGCAUGCCAGGGAAUGUUACUGAAAACAGAAUCCACACAGCAAGUUAUCCUCCCUUUCCCCAAAACAUUUAGGAAUGCUAAACCAUGGCAUGAUGGAAUCAUGUUGGGAAUUUCACCACAAGCCAAUAAUGAAGAGCAGGGCACUAAAUUUCACAACUUGAAGGCAUCUGUCUCUCCGUAAGUUUUCCUAAGCAUUAUGGUGGCAAGAGAGAAAACCCAUCACAAAGAUGCUGGUUUUAAUGGUAUUCCCAUUCUGCACAUAAUGUGCAGCUUGACCCAAAUUAAAAGGGCUGCUUUUUUCCUACAUUGAAAUAAUUUUAACAGAUAACAUGCAUAGAUUGUGUUGCUUUUUAAGUGUGACACAAAUAUUUCUUUCCACCAUGAUUGUACAGGUUAAGAAUCUUAAAAGGAUUGGUAUAUGGGGAUGGAGAAUAGCUUUCAGAGUCAUCCUGGUAAUGAGAUUAAAACAAAGCUUGAACUGUUGCAAACAAAAUAGUCCUUGCCAGUGGAAUACUAGUGAAGAACUUCCCAAAUUGGUAUACAUAAAUACACAGUGUCGCAGAGACAUCAAAGGUACAAAACCAAAAUAUUAUUUUGGGCUUCACAGAAUAAAACUACCUCCUAUAGUCUGAAUGUUGGUCCUCUAUAGGGUCGUCUGUUCUUAAUGUUGCAGUUCCUCAUUGCUGGGAUUUGGGUCACAAUACAGUUGAUAUAACAUUUCAUAGCAUUUAGAAGGGAUGUAAUUACUUCCAGAUGAAGGACAGCAGUUGAUAAGCCUUCAAGGGCACAAUUUAUUCUCUUAACAGCCAAGUGUGGUUGUAUUGACUAGGUGCCCAUUAAGCCUGAGGAAUGACGACAGUUAACAUUGUAUAUUAAUAACAAAAUAUUGGCAAUACGUGUGGUUCGGAUAACAAAAGCAGUAGAGCCUUAAGUUCCAAAAUAAUAUUUUGAAAGCUGUGUUAUAUAUUGUUACAGUGGUAUGACUGUUUAAGGGAUUAAACUUAAACUAACAUUUCCCCACACACCCGCUGCAUGAAAAAUGCAUGUAUCUAGAUAACGACCUUUUGUUGAUUUGUAGCCGCUCCAUCCCUCCACAUUGCAGUGGAUCUCCAGCAUAUGCGAGAUUCAAGUCUUCAGCUAAGUAUAAUCAUCACAGAUUAAUGUGAAAUGCCUUACACUAGACGUCAAUAAUGUGUCUAAGGUUUUGUUCAUCAGUUGUGCUCACGGCAGCCUGUGGGGCAGAGCAACCUCGGGGUCAUGGAGCUAAACUGAGGCACAGUUCAAAUGUGAGGCAUGGAAGGAAGUCCCUGGCUCACAUUUGCUUCUUACCUCAUCAUGUACAAUACAAUGGUUAGCCCAAUGCUAGUAAUAUGUUUAUCCCUUUCUGGCAGCAAUGGAUAGCAGGAGUGAGGCCCACAUAUGCAUAUAGUAGUUCCAGGUGGGGAACUGGAUGUCACCCAUUAUGCAUUAUGCAUGGUGGGGGAUUAAGUCAGGUGCUCUCCUCCGUUUUAUGGCAAAUUGAUGACACGCACAUGCAAUAUGUGUGAACCAGCUCUGAGGUUCUCCUACUUCAGGGUUUCAUGUGCACACAUAGGGUUGCCACCUCCACAGGAAAUAAAGAUGUACACCCUUGCAGAUGCAGGAGUGUUGUGUGGUGGAGUGCCUAACCCUGUUACUGCUCACGUAUGAAGGGGUUUUAUUGCACCACUCCAGAGCUAUCUCCUAUAUUCCUAUGGUUGCUGCUUUAAACGUAGUGUUGAAAAUGUUAGGAGCUGAAGGAAGGACCAUCUCUUAGCUUUUCUAAUACAUGUGCUUUAUGCAUAUAUGAAUACAGACUGUCUGUGAUCUCCCACAGCCAUAAGCAGUCAUUAAGUAUGUAAGGAGAGCCCUCGUGAACUAGACCAAAGGUUGAUCUAGUCCAGCAUCCUAUUUCCUACGCUGGCCAACCUGAUGGCUGUGGGAAGCCAGCCCUCAAGCAGAGAGCAAGAUCCCUUCCACACUUGUGUUUCCCAGCAACUGGCAUUCAGAGGCCUCCUGCCUCUGAUCCUGAAGAUAGUGUAUAGCCAUCAUGACUAUUGCUAUUGAUAGCCUUCCCAGAGUUUGUCUAAUCUGCUUUAAAAGUGAUCAUCGUUGGAGGCCAUCAUCGCCACAUUUUGUGUUAGCAAACUUUAGUUUUAACUGCUCUGUGUGAAGAUGUGCUGUCUCUUGCCUAUCCUGGAUCUCCUACAUAGAGCUUCAGAGGAUGACUCCAGGUUCUAGCCUUAUAAGAGGGAGAACAACUUCUCUCUGUCCACUUUCUCCACACCAUGCUUAGUUUUAAACACCUCUGUCAUGUACCCCACCCCACUUCACAUUUUUUCUAAACUAAAAAGCCCUAAAUAUUGUAACUUUUCCUCAUAAGGGAACCCACUGAUGAUUUUGAUUACCCCUUUUCUGCACCUUUUGCAGCUCUACAAUAUCCUUUUUGAGGUGUGGCAACUAGAAUUCUAUAUAGUAUUCUAAACGUGGUCAAACAAUACACAGAUAAAGGCACUACAAUUGCCAGUUUUAUUUUCAAUCUCUUUCCUAAUAAUCCCUAACACAGAAUUUCUUUUUCACAGCCGCCACACAUUGGGUCAAUGUUUUCAUUAAACUGCCAACCAUGACCCACUGUUGCUUUCCGGGCAAGUCAUUACAAGCUCAGACCCCAUCAGUGGAUAUGUGAAGUUAGGACUUUUCGGCCCAAUUUGCAUGACAUUACACUUGCUGACAUUGAACCACGUUUGCCAUUUUAUUGCCUAUUCACCCAGAUUGGACAUAUUAUUUUGGAGCUCUUCACAAUCCUGACCACAAUCCUGACCACUAACUCCAGAUCAUUUAUGGACAAAUUUAAGCACAUGUGGAGAAAGCCAUUUCCUGUCUCUUUUCAGUAUGGGAACAACCCAUUCAUUCCUGUUCUCUGCUUCCCUCUUUUUAACAAGGUGCCAUCAGCAAAGGCCAACUGAAAGGCAAAGCAAACAUUUUUGUUCUAUUCCUAGUAAGUACAGACACAGCCCCACAAAGUUUAUUUGAGAGGAAGUCCCACUGAAAGCAGUUGAAUUGAACUGAAGAGAUGAUUAAUUUAAUUGUCAUUGUUCUCAGCUGGAAUGAAUCACAACUAACCUUAGGACUGAGCUUUUUCUGUCUUGACACACAUAACACAGAGUUGCUAAAAUGUGAUGAACAAACCUAAUUUCAUGCAUACAGGGAAGUUUCCAUUAGAGUUUUACAUGUUCAGAGUUUUAUCCUCAUGUAGGUAACAUGAACAGUUAAGGUUAUAAUAUUGGUUGGUUGGUUUUUGUUAUUUAAUAUCUUCCUAUUUUGAGGAUACUGAACAAUGGGUUAUAUCCAGAUCUUGUAUCCAAUAUGACUUCCCUUUCCUCUCAACUCCCUGUGCAUGCCCCAAAUCUGGUCUGGAGGUCCACCAACCCUCUGAAACAGAUUUUGAGGGGGGGGUGGCAAGAGAGGGGUUAUACAAGUGGAAGUGCAGCCAGACAGCAGCAUUGGAUAGAACCCCAUGUAUAUAAUUGCAUUCUUUUUUUAAAAAAAUUAAAAAAGACAUCUUCUGGACAUAACUUUGCCAAAUGUAAAGAAAGUCAAUGCUAUUCAUCAGUGUGUAUGAAAUUUGUUUUAUGACUGCCUUUGUUUGUAAAGUUGGACAAAAUCUGUAUUCAGCCAUGUGUUCUUUGUGAUCAUUGGUACUGUAGAUAUGUGUACUUCAUCUUUUUACAAAGCAUCCUCUUUUUUUCACCAAGUAUAGUAACGUGUAUAAUUUUAGCAUGAUGAAACCCAUUAAGGUGAAUAUUCAUUAGCCCUUCGAUUAAAAAGGAAAGUAACAGAAUAUUAUUUAAUUGGAUAUCCCAGAUGUUAUUUGUCUGAGAAAUAAA